AAACACGAGUUCUUUGUGGACAUGACCUGCGAAGGCUGCUCCAACGCGGUCACCCGUGUCCUGCACCGGCUGGGAGGUGUCCAGUUUGACAUUGACCUGCCCAAUAAGAAGGUGUGCAUCGACUCAGAGCACAAUGUUGACACCCUGUUGGAAACCCUGAAGAAGACUGGAAAGAACGCUUCCUACCUUGGGGAGAAGUCUGCGCAGUAG